AUGUUCAACAACAGUCAAUUCACCCCAAAAUAUUUUUUUCUGACUGGUCUUCCUGGUCUGGAAGCACUCUACCCCUGGCUUAUCUUUCCAUUUUGCUUCACGUAUCUUGUGGCCUUCAUGGGCAACAGCCUCAUCCUGGCUGUGAUCAAGAAAAACACUUCUCUGCACCAGCCGAUGUACCUGUUCCUUGCUAUGCUGGCCUUUGCAGAGCUUGGUGUCUCUGCCUCUACACUGCCCACUGUGCUGGGCAUCUUCCUUUUUGGUGCCAAGAAGAUCUAUUUUGAAGCCUGCCUUUUGCAGAUGUUCUCCAUACGUUCAUUUUCCAUCAUGGAGUCAGGAGUUCUGCUGGCCAUGUCAGUGGACCGCUUUGUAGCCAUCUACAAUCCACUCCAGUACACUGCCAUCCUGACGCUGCCCCGCAUUGCUGGUACAGGGGCCGCACUUGGGCUGAAGAGCGUGAUGCUCAUGCUGCCACUGCCCUUUCUCCUGCAGCGCUUGCCUUUCUGUGGCCGUAACACCCUCUCCCACUCCUACUGUCUGCACUCAGAUCUGAUCCAGUUGCCCUGCAGGGACACUCGCCCUAACAGCAUUCUGGGGCUCUGCAUCGUCACUUCCACUUUCGGGUUGGACUCCCUGCUCAUCGUGGUCUCCUAUGUGCUGAUUCUCUACACGGUGCUGGGCAUUGCCUCUGGCGAGGGGAGGAGGAAGGCCCUCAACACAUGUAUGUCUCACAUCUGUGCGGUCCUCGUUUACUACGUGCCCAUGAUCAGCGUGGCGCUGGUACACCGCUUCAUGAAGGACGCAGCACCUGCUGUCCGCCUCCUCCUGGCCAAUGUCUAUCUUCUGGUGCCACCUGUGCUCAAUCCCAUCAUCUACAGUGUGAAGACCACGCAGAUUCGCCAGGCAUUGAUCCAACUCUUUCUUCAGAGAAAAUAUUAA